AUGGAAUCAUCAGGAAACGACGGCGCACCAGCUGUACCACUUCCCAAACACACCAAGGAUACGUCUCUAGGCAGUAGCAAGCCGCCUGUCUGGUCAUUGGAGGACAACCCCACCACGGAGGCUGCGCCGCUUCAAGCGAAGUGUGCCAGACACCGCGACGAUAGAGGCGGCGUAUGCUGUAAGGAGCUCAAAGAUGAUGACGAGAGGCAACUAGUAGAUCCGGAUGUUGUGCGUGAUGCCGUCAUUGGGCUAUCGGAUGGACUCACAGUACCAUUCGCGCUCACUGCCGGCCUGUCCUCCCUUGGCUCGUCCAAGGUCGUCGUCCUAGGCGGCGUGGCAGAACUCAUCGCCGGGGCCAUCUCUAUGGGCAUUGGCGGCUUCCUCGCAUCCCAGGCCGAACGCGACCACUACCGCUACCUACACAGACAUACUGCAGCGCGCGUCGUUCGGAGCUGCGCGGGCGAGAUGGAGCGGGAGGUGCAUGCUGUGCUCGGGCCCGUGGGUGUGGAUGAAAUGCUCAGCAGACAAGUGGCCGAGUGCUUGCGUAGGGUAGAAAUGGAAUCGAGGACUGGAGAGGGGAGCUCAACGGGCUCCAGCGACGAGGAGACCGGCCUGAGAUGGAGUAAAGAUGUCGGCUUAUCGGCCUUCUUGCUGAAGUUCGGGGAGGGACUGGAGGAAGUGACGAAUCGCCGGAUGUACACAUCCGCCUUCACAAUCGGGAUGGGCUAUCUCGUUGGUGGCUUCAUUCCUCUUGUCCCCUAUUUCUUUGUCAGUCGCGCACAUAUAGCCCUGCUUUACUCCUCCAUCCUUACUGGCAUUGUCCUCCUCGUUUUUGGCGCUGUCAAGUCUCGCGUGAGUGGUGCAGCGAGCAGUGCGAAGGAUUACGUUUGGGGUGCCAUCAGCACGUUGCUCGUCGGUGGUGUCGCGGCCGGUGCGGCAUAUGGCAUCGUCGCGGCGCUCGAGGGAUGA